AUGGCGUCUCGGAGGGUCUCUUCGGUUCUGUCUCGUUCAUUCACUUCUGCUUCUCUGUUUUCUGCAGGGAGGUCUUCUUCUGUGGCUAGAGGAAUUGGUAAAUAUAGCACUGAUGCUUCAUUUGAGGCACCAAUCAUUCCAUCGGUUAAAGUAAAUUAUACUCAGCUUCUAAUUAAUGGACAAUUUGUAGAUGCAGCAUCAGGGAAAACUUUUCCCACAUUGGACCCCCGAACUGGGAAUGUGAUUGCUCAUGUUGCUGAAGGCGAUUCUGAAGAUAUAAAUCGGGCAGUUUCUGCUGCUCGCAAGGCCUUUGAUGAAGGACCAUGGCCAAAGAUGACAGCUUAUGAAAGAUCAAGGGUCCUUUUCCGCUUUGCUGAUUUGGUUGAAAAGCAUAAUGAUGAAAUUGCAACCCUUGAGACUUGGGAUAAUGGGAAGCCAUUUGAACAGGCUGCUAAAACUGAAGUACCAAUGAUUGUGCGUUUUUUCCGGUACUAUGCUGGAUUUGCGGAUAAGAUUCAUGGUCUCACAGUUCCAGCUGAUGGAGAGUAUCAUGUUGCGCCUGCCUUAGCGUGUGGCAACACCGUUGUUCUGAAGACAGCAGAGCAGACACCAUUGUCUGCUCUAUAUGUAGCAACGCUGUUGCAGGAGGCUGGACUUCCUCCGGGUGUUUUAAAUGUGGUUUCAGGUUUUGGUCCAACAGCCGGUGCAGCGCUUUGUAGUCAUAUGGAAGUUAAUAAGGUUGCUUUUACUGGAUCAACUGAUACCGGAAAAAAGGUACUAGAAUUGGCUGCCAAAAGCAAUCUUAAGACUGUAACUUUGGAGCUUGGCGGGAAAUCCCCAUUUAUUGUAUGUGAGGAUGCUGAUGUAGAUAAGGCUGUUGAGCUGGCACACUUUGCUCUCUUCUUUAAUAUGGGUCAAUGCUGCUGUUCUGGUUCUCGUACAUUUGUACAUGAAAGAGUAUAUGAUGAGUUCAUAGAGAAAGCAAAGGCCCGUGCUGAGAAACGCAUUGUUGGUGAUCCAUUCAAGGGUGGUGUUGAGCAAGGUCCUCAGAUUGAUUCAGACCAAUUUGAGAAGAUCCUGAGGUACAUUGAUUAUGGUAUUAAAAGUGGAGCUACACUGGAAACUGGAGGAGGAAGGCUUGGCACAAACGGUUUCUAUAUUAAGCCCACUGUAUUCUCAAAUGUUAAGGAUGACAUGCCAAUAGCACAGGAUGAGAUUUUUGGUCCAGUGCAGUCCAUCUUGAAAUACAAGGACCUUGAUGAGGUGAUAAGAAGGGCAAAUACUACGCGAUACGGGCUUGCUGCAGGGGUCUUCACACAAAACAUAGAUACUGCAAACACAUUGACACGCGCAUUGCGGGUCGGUAGUGUAUGGAUAAACUGCUUUGAUGUCUUUGAUGCUGCAAUUCCUUUUGGAGGGUACAAGAUGAGUGGACAUGGAAGAGAAAAGGGCAUUUACGGUCUUUCUAAUUACUUGCAAGUUAAGGCUGUUGUCACGCCCCUGAAAAAUCCUGCAUGGCUAUAA